AUGGAGGAGGCACAUAUGGGAGAACAAGAAAAAGAGAGAGGAGGUGAAGAAGUGAGGUAUCGUGGUGUGAGAAAGAGGCCAUGGGGUAAGUACGGUGCAGAAAUUAGAGACCCUACAAAACCUACGGGAAGACAAUGGUUAGGGACAUUUGACACAGCAGAAGAAGCAGCUCGAGCUUAUGAUCGUGCAGCCAUUGGAUUGAGGGGUGCUCUUGCAAUUCUUAAUUUUCCUGAUGAGUAUUUCUCUCAUCUCCCUUUUGUAUUAUCAAAUCCUUCCACUAAGGGCAACGGAAGUUCUUUUGUUGCACCACGGAAGGAAGUUAUUGAGUUUGAGUAUUUGGAUGAUAAGGUGUUAGAUGAUCUUCUUGAGUUAGAAGAGAUGAGAAGGAAGGAAACCUAA